GCAUUGACAAAUACCCGUUAUUUGCGUUUGUGUGAGAGUCAGUGUUCUUUCUCUUCUCUUUAGCUGCUAGUGUCAAGUGCUAGUGAUUACAAAAAACAAAAAAAAAAAUUCUUCUUUUUAGUGUUUUGGGUUCUUGAAGAAAUUCUUGAGUUGAAUCUUUGGUUUGUUAUUUUUUUUUCUGGGUGUGAUUUGUUUUACAAAUAUUAAUCAAAUUAAAAUUAAAAGAAAGAAAAAACAACAACAUGGUUAUUUCAUCUGAUGAGAACAAUUCCAAUUCCAUCAUGCCCAGAAAAUUUCAAGGAGGGAUGGAUCAAAUGGGUGGUGAAAGAAACGUUGGAAUGAACAGAAGAAGUUUGAGUGUCAUCAAUCAGAAUCUAGUGCAAGGUCGACCUUACCCUUGUGUUGUUAACAAGAGGGUGUUGACUGAUAAACAUGAGAUGUGUGAAAAGAAACAGGCAGAUCCAAGUCAUCGACCCAUCACAAGGAGAUUUGCUGCACGAAAUGCUGGCUCACAGCAAUCUUGCGCUGAGAAAACUAAGAAUUCAAACCCAUCGAAUUCAAUUUCGAACGAGUUCGGAAGCGCCAUAGCUAUUGAUGAUGAACACAAGUCACCAACAGACAAACCAGUUCCCAUGUCUUUAGAGCAAAUGGAACCAAUGCAUAGUGAUUCAGACGAGAUGGAAGAGGUUGAGAUGGAGGAUAUUGAUGGAGAACUGAUUUUGGACAUUGAUAGCUGUGAUGCAAACAAUACUCUUGCUGUGGCGGAAUAUAUUGAAGAUCUUCAUUCUUUCUACAGAAAAAUUGAGUGUAUUGGCUGUGUCUCACCAAACUAUAUGGAAGAACAAUGUGACCUGAAUGAGAAGAUGAGGGCUAUACUAGCUGACUGGCUUAUUGAGGUGCAUGACAAAUUUGACCUCAUGCAAGAGACAUUGUUUCUUACAAUUAAUCUCAUAGACAGAUUCUUGGCCAAGCAAAAUGUAGUAAGAAAGAAACUUCAGCUGGUUGGUCUAGUUGCCAUGCUUUUGGCAUGCAAGUAUGAGGAAGUUUCCGUGCCUGUCGUUUCGGAUUUAAUCCAUAUAUCCGACCGAGCUUACACAAGGAAGGAACUUCUGGAAAUGGAGAAGUCGAUGCUCAAUACGUUGCAGUAUAAUAUGUCGAUUCCAACGGCAUAUGUUUUUAUGAAAAGGUUUCUGAAGGCAGCUCAAGCUGACAAAAAACUUGAGCUGGUAGCUUUUUUCUUGGUAGAGCUAUCUCUUGUGGAAUAUGAGAUGCUGAAGUUUCCACCAUCCUUGGUGGCUGCAGCUGCAGUUUACACAGCUCAAUGCACUGUCAGUGGCUUCAAACAGUGGAACAAGACUUGUGAAUGGCACACAAACUACUCAGAAGAUCAGCUAUUAGAGUGCUCUAUUAUGAUGGUUGGAUUUCACCAAAAGGCAGGGACAGGGAAACUUACAGGAGUGUAUAGGAAGUACUGCUCAGCUAAGUUUAGCUUCACUGCUAAAUGUGAACCAGCAUGUUUUCUUCUUGAGAACAACCAAUCAUAGGAAGAGCCAUGUAUAGAGCUUCUGACAAUACCAUAUUACAUAUACAUGACUUUCAUAUGUGUGUGCUGAUUUUGGGGGGGGUUAAGAAUGAAACAUAAACAGAAACAGCAACUUUGGUUGCUUGUAGGGAAAUGGAAUUAAUUCAUUUCUCAGGCUUUGAGAGGGAGACUCAUCUGAUGUUAAGUUACCUCAUUUAUUUUUGGUUUUAUUUUUAAGUCAUUUUAAUUACUUUGUUAUAUGUUCCAUAAGUGGGCAUAAUAAUUUCAGAACUUUUUUAUAUCUGUAAUUCUCUUUGAACAAAAUAAUGGGAUAUAGACACAAUUGCAUAUUGUCUACUCCA